ACUUCCACGUUGAAGAAAAAGGUGGAUAGAAGGUGAACCAAGUAAAAUGAAAAAAAAAAACUUUUUUAAUAUCAGAUUAAUUAAUUCAUUUUAUUUUUGUUCCACUGUCUUCACUAUGCUAAUUGAAACGACUGUAUCUAAUUUUGAAACCAUUUUGAAACGAACUGACUUCUAAUAUGGCAAAAAAAUAUGGUGAAAUUCUGCGAAAAAGGCGGAUUGCUUUAUGGCAGCAUCCAAAAAUAAAAUUCCUUCAUGUAAGUAUGCGAAAAACACAACAGUAUGCCGAAAUGCUAGGAGGAAAGCACUGAAGGAGACAACUGAUGCUGGUAGGUCACGUGACGGUAACAACAUGCCGGAUGUAGUAGCCUACGUCCGAAUUUCAUUCAUAUAAUCCAUAUUCAUACUAUAUAGCCUACAGCAUAGCUUUUUAAAGGUCGCAAAGUAAGUUCAAAUAGUGCCUAUUCAGACUGUAAGAUUUCGGACACAUAGAUGUGUAUUUCGAGUUAUAUUUUUAAGAUGGUGAAUUGUACUCACAUAAUGUAGAGGGCUCCAAAGUCGCAAAAAUACACAACACUGCAUACAGUUGCUUUAAAUGUCAAAGUUUUGUACAUGUUAUGUGAAGAAAAAUUGAUGUUUGCCUGUGAAACAUUACACCACAAUGCAAUGUUCUGGGCGGUUGUUAGGGUGUUGCUAUGUGGUUGCUAAGGGGUUCUGGGUGGUUUCUAGGGUUUAAAACAAACCUAACCCUAAAUAUGAGCAGUAUUAGUAAUGCUUGAUGAUCAAAUUGUAGGUUUAAGCUGAUAUAGUUGACUGCAGACUUCUGUGGAAUGUAAUGAAAACUCUCUGGAGAUGGAUCAAUUUCCCUGUUGACACAGUUGGAGGCUUUAUCAUGUGAAAUAGGCAUGAGUAUCUGGACAAACCGGCUUUGUCAGUUCUCAAGAGAUGAUGCAGUUAUUGCUGCUCAUAUUAACAUAUAACGCGUUCAUUUCUUGAAGAAGUGUUACAAGUGUUGUAAAUGAUGGUUGUUAACUGGUACAGCUAUAAAUAAAUUGAUACUGAUUAGUGCUAGCAGGACGUAGUCAUGCCAAUAAUGAUGUCAAUAUAUAACCAGUGUGAUUUGCUGUCAUAUGUUGGUAUGCUGUUGACUUUCUGAGUAACUUGCCUUGUUGGCAUAUUGAGUUUUACAGAUACAUUCCAUUGAAGACCACAAACUAAACAGGAUCUGGUUCCUGGACCUGCAGGCCAAACCAAGAAAGGUUUCUUUCCACAUGACGCCAGAGAGGAGGCGGAGCAGCUGGAUGAACAGGGCAGGUGAGCGCGCAGGUGGAGCGCAGCGUCGAGUUUCUCAGCAGCUCACAACAAUACUCGAAGAGGCCUCUGGGAAUAACGCACUCCAACUACCAUGACACAAAACAAGGUCAGCUUUGGAAUACACCUGCUUUAAUAACCGAAUGCUUGUUUGAGCUUUUGUAAAACUCCGAUUACUUGGACAAACGUCAGUCGUGAAAAUGAUCAGUUCGGAGGCUUUGCGUCCGACGCCGAACCCCGCGCGUAAAGCGCUCGGAAAGCUCGCCAGCAGGCUGGAGGAGGUGAAGAACCCCUGGAGACAAGGAGCAACAACGCUCGAGUUCAGCCACAACGAAACCGCUCGGCUCGCCACCGACGCGCUCCUGGAGCACGGAGAGAAGGAGUACAAAAAGGUCUUGCAGGACGAAAGAGAAGUGAACUUUCUUUCCUCGCUGGAAAUACGCUAUAUCACCGAGAAUGUGGCCAAAAGUGGCGUUGAGGAUAGCAGUACUAAUGGAGUGGACAUAGAGGAGGGGGACACGGUGUCCGAGCUCACUUCAGGGACUUAUUUCCCCAUGAUGUCCGACGACGAGCCGCCACUGUUGGAGCUGGGCUGGCCAGAGGUUUCCAACCGAUUUGGACCCACAGAAGCGCAGAUCCACUUCCAGAGGGACAAGUCGCAAAAUGUCAAAGAUCUCAUUCGAUCUCUUAUUGGUAAAGCCAAGAAGGUUAUCGCUGUAGUCAUGGAUGUUUUUACAGACGUCGACUUGUUCUGUGACCUAAUGGAGGCCUCCAGCAAGCGCCGGGUUCCAGUGUAUAUUCUGCUGGACGAGAAGAAUAUCAGCUAUUUUUUGAACAUGUGCUCAGAACUGGACGUCCAGAAUUCACACUUGAGUAAUAUGCGGAUAAGAAGUGUGUGUGGAGACACGUAUUGCACCAAAAGUGGGAAAAAAUUCACAGGUCAGGUUCAAGAAAAAUUCAUGAUCAUUGACUGUGAGGAAGUCGUAGCUGGAUCAUAUAGUUUUACAUGGCUUUCAGGCAUGGUUCACAGCAACAUGCUAAUGCACUUCUCCGGCCGCGUUACGGACUGCUUUGAUCGUGAAUUCCGUUGCAUGUACGCAGAUUCCCAAAUAAUAGACCGUUUCUUCAAUCCAGAUGAAGAAGGGCUGGCCGGUUACUCUUACCACAUGCCGGUACCAAACUUGGGCUUGAACUUUCUUCCAGACUAUGGCAGCAGUGAGCGAGUGUAUUCGGAGCACUCCAGUAGCCAAUCCAGUGACAGCGUUUCCAGCAUCAAAGCAGCUCCUCCAGGCAUGAAACCUAUUAAAGUUAAAGUCACGGUUGACAAGAAGAACCCCGAAAACUCUCAAAAGCCUCCUGACAGGAAGGGCGUCACGAGUCCAGUGCUUCAGAAGCCCUCAGGACCCCACAUCGGAAGAGGUUCUCCAAGUGGGAGUCAGGCGGUCGAGCGCACUUCCUUAGGUCAAACCGCUGGUGUGGAAUGGUCCAAAAUAGGAGCGACGGAUUACCUACGCUCAAACAUUCCUGGACAGGCUUCCAAACUCCAGCCUUUAGGUCUCUACAGUUCUCCAAAACCUCCAUCACCAACUCAACAGUCUCCAGCCGACAACAAGAUCACCUCCAAAUAUCGACUUCCCGCCCCGUUCAUUAGUAAGUUCACUGAUUUGUUCAGCUCAAAAGAGAAGGACUCCCAUUUGUUCCAGAAGGUUCCUACUCAUUCCUCUCCGUUUGGCGGGCCAGAUCUCUCUCAGAACGAACCAGAGAGUAAGCAAGGUCCUCCUCCACCAGAACCCAUGUCAGCGGACAGGAUGGGCCCGGGGAAAGGGAUACAUCGGCGGGACGAGAAACGCAUGACGUUGGGUCACAGCAAAUUGGACCUUGUCAACCAGUACAACAAGUUAAACCAAUCCAAACAGGUAUACAGUCGCUUUGAGCUAAAGAACAACAUACCUCGGUAAUGCUGGACCGGACUGAGCAUUCGACUCUUGUACAUAGCUGUUAUUGUGACUGUGCAAAGGGAUGACAGUUUUCUCGGAGUGCGAUUGUUGCUCUUUUUUUCUACACAAGACAAAAAAAUCAACCAAGGUUGAGAGGCGAGGUGUGUUUUUUGUGCUUUUGUCUUUGUAAUAAAAACGAAAUGCUUAGUACUAAUGCUGCCUGCAAGUUCUUCUGGGAAGAUCAUAUUUACGAUAUGAUGUGGUCAAGUGAUUUUGUUUUGAGAUACGUUUUUUUUAAAACGAGAAGCAAUAGUGCUAGUGCAACAGCAUAAAGAGUAAAUUAAUUAUUUAUUUACAUUUAAAACAUGUAUUAAUUAUACAUUUAUGUUUUUCAUAAUAUACCCACCUAUAUAAAGCAUUUUUAUAUAUAAUAUUGUGUUAAUGUUAAUUAUCAGUAUUUUCUUUUUCCAAAGAAAAUUAGAAAGGUAGUUUGGUUUCGCAGAUCUGUUGGGGUAUAAAACAAAUACAUUUAUUGGAUUUAAAAAUAUAUAUAUUUUUUUAUUUUAUUUUAUUAAAUAUUAUAUUUGUUUGGACAAGUCACCUAACAUAACAUACAGUACAUAAAAUAUUUUCAAAAUCAGCUUUUACUUAAAUUUUUCAAAACAACAUUUUCCAAAACCAAGACAUAUAAUUAUAUUUUUUAAAAUUUGCAUGGCUCUAAAUUCAGAAAGUCUGUGCUUAAAGAAAUCCCAAGUUCCUCCACUGGUGAUUACGACAUUGUUGUGGCUGUUGUAAAUAUGAUCAUUCUUACAUGGUUUGAAGGCAGUGUUAGUACUUCGUACCAGUACAUAAUACUUUCAGUAGUGUGUAAAUACAAACCAUUCCUUCAUGGGGCAUUUUUGUACUUUUGAUGUUUGUUUUUUUCUAUCCGCCACUUUAGCUGGCAAAGCAGAUGGUGUUGAUUUAAAUGUAGCCGCUCUGUCUGCCACUGAGUAUUACCCUUGGAUAGCAUGAUUGAGGAGGUUACGCGUAUAGUCUUCCAAACGUUCUCAUGUGUUUGUACUAAAAUGUGAUUCUCGUGUCACUGAAGACAUGCAUUUAGAGACUCUAAAAUGCACUUUGGGUGACAUUGCAAUUAGCUGCUUAACUAUAAAGUACUGUAUUAAUUCAGUGAGGCCUAGAUCUCACAGUGGACUGAUGCAAUAGUAGAUAAUUGCAAGGAUUUAUCUUUAUUAUUUUUAUUAAACAGGUAAGCUUUUCCACCUUUUGUUAUUUGCCAGUGCUAAUGAAGCGAAUUUGUGUGUAGAAGUGUUUGCGACAGCCUACAUUGAAUGCUAAUUAGCAUUUGAUGGAUUUGUUGUCUUUUUAUGCAUGCAUGUUUGACUUGACUUGACUACAGAUCUAUAGAUAGUCUCUACUGCAUUCUUAAUCUAGAAGCUUUUAGGAGAUACUGUGAAUAUGUGUGAGCUUGAAAAGAAGAUGCACUCUUCGGAUGUUGAAGUUUUCUUGUAGGACUGAUUCAGAAUCAACUUCGUUCACCAAAUACCUUCAUAAAGUGGCUGAGAAGCCAGAGAUGUAGACUAGAGUAAAGGUACAGCAGCUAUAAAGUAAAAGUGCUGAUCCGAGAUCAGGUUUUACCUUUCAUAUCCACGUCAACAUAAAUAUCUGCUAUGUAGGAGCAGAUCCUUUUACAGUUCAGUUUUUUAAAAUGUUUGAUCACGAUUACAGAUUACAGGUAAAUUGCUAACCUCUGUUACACAAGCCAAUAACUGCCGAUCCACCUGCUGAACACCUCUUGAAAGGCCUUGAGCAUACUAGGUGCUUCACUAGUAACCCAGUUAGUGCCUACAAUAGUUAUUCAUUCUAAACAUUUAUUAUUUUUGCUCGCCUUCUUGGUAGUGCGCUUUUGCCUUCCGGUGACUUGCUUUUUUUUAUUUGUUGUUUGCUUUUGUAUGUACAUAUGAAAAUCAAACAUUAUAAAAUGUGAUCUAUUAGCAUUACUGUUUUGGGAGUUUUAGAUGUGUAACAUACUUUUACAAUUGCAGAUCUUUACAUGUCAUGUUUUACAACUUUUACAACAUGUUUUUGAACUUUUCCAACAGUGUUACCAAAGACUACCAUAAAUCAAUAAAGUUUAUGUUUCUGUUUUUCAAGCCA